UCGAACGCUUAGCCCAUCAACGAUUACAACUUCUCUCUUUCUCUUUCUCUUUCGUUUUCUCUCUCUUUUUGCUCGCGCUGCGAAGCGAAGAUUCGACGAGGGAGGGGAGUUCCAGUUUCUCUCUCUAGGGUUUCUAAUCGAGAAAAUCAACGGCGCUGUUGCGAGAUCCAGGUUUCGAAAUUGAGAUUCUUGUGGGGCUGAUUUAGGGUUUUAGCCGCAUUUCGUUCUUCCUAUCUUCGUUGGAUCCGAUCUCAUUUCUAAAGGGUUAUGCUCAAAACGAGCUUAGAUUAAUUUUUGAAUUGAUUUUUCUCUUGUAAGUAAUGAUUCUUUCUUAUUUUCUUGAAUAGCCAAUUCGUUUCAAUUAUUAGUUCGAAAACGAGGGAAAAAGAAGUUAAAUUUUUGAGCGGCAAACAAAGGGAAGAAAGAAUUUUAGGGUUUCUCGAGGUGGCUUCGAUUGAGGACUUAUCAAGAAAGAUCAUAAUUUUGUGUUUCCUUUGUGAGAUAUUGAUUGGUGUUUUUAUUAGGUUUAUAAUUGAACAUUCUACUAUUUGACGAAUGUGAAGCCUAAGAUUUGAGAUUGGUGUUUGGUUGGAGUGUAAAGGACAGUUUGGUUAGGUUGAAAAUUUCCAAUUUUCCCAUUUGAAUGCUUUUGAGGAGUAAGGAACUGCCCAUUUGUGAACUUUUGAAAGAAUUUGAAUAAAUACAUAAGAAGUUAACAUUUGGAAUUCGAGGUUAUAACAAACGAAUUCAGACUGGGCUUUGAUAGAAUAAACAGUGGAAGGUUAUAAGUAUUACUGGGUUGGUUGAUAUGUGCAGUCAUUGGAAGUUAAUCUUAUGGCACCAGCUAUUCCUAUAGAAUACACAGGACAGAAGGAAUACAGAAAGUGUUCAUUUUCACAAUUGAUGCGGAAGUCUAGAGAGCAUUUUAAGGGAGGGAAUUCUUCUGGUUUUUUCCCUGGUUACCAGCAUGUCAUUGAGACCAUGGGUGAAUCAGAGGGCUUUGGGAGCUCUGGACGGGUUGAUACAGAGAUGACAGCAUCAGAGGAUUCAUAUGCACCUAAAAGGAAAUGUAUAAGUUUGAAUUCCGAUAGUCAUGAUAAUUUUGGUGUCCCCACACAAGUAUUGCCAUUGUCUAAGAUGUCACGACCUGAGAGAAAGGAUUUGGAAUUGAGAUUAAAAAUGGAGCUUGAACAGGUUCGAGUGCUACAGAAGAAAGUUGCUUCUUUGGGCUCAUCUGUGGGAUCCAGUUUUGUUGUUUUAUCACCGUCUACUGAUAACAGGAGUUGCAGUGAUGGGAAGAAGAGGCCUCCACUUGAGAAUUUUAACCGGUCGGUAGAAGUAUUGAGUUUGCAAGCGAAGAAACGGCCUCUUGGAGGACGUAAUGGAGCCCGCCCAAAAAAGAGCACAUCCACUCGUCUUGAACAGAAACCAACUGUGGCAGUGAAUAAUUCAAAUACUUAUUUGAUGAAGCAGUGUGAGACUUUGCUUAACCGUUUGAUGCAACAUAAUUAUGGUUGGGUUUUUAACAACCCUGUUGAUGCUGUAAAGUUGAACAUUCCGGAUUAUUUCACUGUCAUUAAGCACCCUAUGGAUUUGGGCACUGUGAAGAAGAAGAUAGCUUCAGGGCAGUAUUCGAGUCCAUCAGACUUUGCUGUUGAUGUUCGCCUUACAUUCUCAAAUGCAAUGACAUAUAACCCACCUGGAAAUGAUGUACACUGCAUGGCCGAGACACUAAGUAAAUAUUUUGAAGUAAGAUGGAAAGCAAUAGAAAAGAAGCUUCCCGUAACCAUGCAUGUUGAUGCUGUGCCUAUAGAAGUUGAAACAAAUAGUGACAUUUUACCUUUGAAAAAGAACAAAAUAAACCCGAAAGACACUAUGGUUGGGCCAGAGCCCGUUAGACAGAUCAUGACCAAUCAGCAAAAGCAGUAUUUGAGCACAGAAUUAGAGUCUUUGUUGGGUGAAUUGCCCGAAAACAUUGUUGACUUCCUUAAAGAACAUAGUUCUACCGAAGGUCAAAUGAGUGAGGAUGAGAUUGAGAUUGAUAUUGAUGCUCUCAGUGAUGAAACCUUGUUCAAAUUGCGAAAACUUUUGGAUGAUUAUUUGCUGGAGAAGCAGAAAAACCAGGCAAAAGCUGAGCCCUGUGAAAUGGAGUUUCUUAAUGAGUCAGGGUUUAGCAACUCAUCCAUGCAGCCAUGUAAAGGUAAUGAUCAAGUUGAUGAGGUCGUAGAUAUAGUUGGUGGCAAUGAUCCUUCCACUUCUGGCUACCCUCCUGUAGAAAUAGAGAAGGAUUUAACCCAUAGAAACAGUAGAUGCCGUAGUUCCAGUAGCUCCAGCAGUGAAUCAGGUUCUUCUUCUAGUGAUUCAGAUUCUGGUAGUGAAUCAGAUGCUGCUAAAGCUUCACUUCCUGUUAGUUCUAUGAAGGAAAAUUUGGAUUCAGGAACAAAUGUGGACUUAAAGAACGGCAGUUUAGCUGUUUUUGAUGAUGCAAAUCAGUCUUUAAACGAGUUCGGUCAAGUUGAGUUGAACUCUCAUGAUAAGCCUAGUGCUGUUGAGGUAGAAGGCCACCAAGAGGAGGAUAGUGCUCCAUCUGAGAGGCAAGUCUCCCCUGAAAAGCUCUAUCGUGCAGCUUUUUUGAGGAAUCGUUUUGCUGACACCAUACUUAAAGCUCGAGAAAAGGCACUUGAAAAGGGUGAGAAGGGUGAUCCGGAGAAACUGCGGAUGGAGAGGGAGGAACUUGAAAGGCGGCAGAGAGAAGAAAAGGCACGGUUGCAAGCAGCGGCCAAGGCUGCUGAAGAGGCUAGGAGAAAAGCUGAAGCAGACGCUGCUGCUGAAGCCAAAAGGAAGAGGGAGGAGGACAGAGAAGCUGCACGUCAGGCACUUUUAAAGGUAAAUUGGGAUAUCAUUUUUAUGUGGCAGAAGUGGUGUGCCAUUGUCUUAAUGCUACUAAAAAGUUUAUGCUCUUUGCAGAUGGAGAAGACGGUGGAUAUCAAUGAGAACAGUCAAUUUAUGGAAGAUCUGGAAAUGCUUAGGACCACCGACGACGAAAAUUUGCCCAAUUUUAUUGAGGAGACAAGCCCAGGUCAUUCUCAAAAUGGGUUAGGAAGUUUCAAACUCCAGGGGAGAAGUAAUCCCCUCGAACAACUAGGAUUAUACAUGAAGGCAGAUGAUGAAUAUGAAGAAGAUGAACCUCCCCAAAGUGCUCCGGAGCCAGUAAAUGAUGUAGAGGAAGGAGAAAUUGAUUGAUUGUUUUCACCAUGUGCUUGUCGAGUGAAAUUUAUGUGCGGUUGUGCGAAAUUUUGCAUGAUCGGACAUCGAGCACUGUAUGUUGCUCCCUUUUGUCACCAUAAGCAAUCCAUCGGAAGAAAUGUAAGUGAUAGAACAGUUCCAAAUUUUUUAGUGGACUUAUUUGUUUUUGUUCGCUUAGUAGGUUUGCUUUGGGUUAAGUGGGCUUUAUUUUCUCAUGGGCUAACUCCUGGGUUUAUGAAGCUUGUAUAUAUAGGAAUUAUUUUUUAUGUUUGGAGAUUAGAUUUGUAUUAAUUACAUCUUUGAUGCUGAUAAUUUUCAGUUUAUACAACUGAGAUGUCAAACC